AUGGUCUAUGAGCUGGAACUUGUGCAUAUCCUUGGAAUCGACGAACUCAAGCAAACGAUGACCGCAUUAGUUUAUGUUAAUGAGAAAUGGAAUGAUCCAACAUUAGCUUGGAAUCCAGAAGGAUUUGGUGGAUUAUUAAAAACAUGGUUACCAACAUCAAAAAUAUGGAUACCCGAUAUCAUUGUUUUUAAUAUGUUACAUCACGAAGAUUUAUUGGAAAAUAUUCGUGCUCCGGUGCUUAUCUACAGCAAUGGAACAGUGGAAUUUGCGCAUCCAGCCGUCUACACGGUAUCCUGUGAAAUCAACAUCAAGCAUUUUCCACUGGACGAUCAAAAAUGUUCUUUAGAGAUCGCAAGUUGGGCAUAUGGAGAUGACAAAAUUCGAUUGAAUGCUAACAUCAAACAUUCAUUGGAGCAUUAUUCACCAAACGAGGAAUGGCAUCUGCUUAACGUUACGGUGGUGGAAAAAGAGUAUGAACAUGAAGGCAUUUAUGUAAGCGAACUUAAAUAUGAUAUUUUACUGCGAAGAAAACCUCUGUUUUAUAUGGUAACGUUAACGUUCCCGUCCUAUGUUAUGUGUGCCAUAUCUGUUGUUGGACUUUUUGCGCGCUUCUCAACCACCGGAGAACGAGAGGAGCGUUUCACAUUAGGUGUUACAGCUAUCCUUACCAUGGCAGUACUUUCGUUGGUUGUCAGUGAAAAAGUACCUCACAGCUCUACUUCAGUCCCGCUUCUAGGUUCGUAA